GCAGCACCGUGGGUUUCCCUGCCUCACUUCCUUGCCUGAGUGGAUGAUCCUGUGGAGAAGGCAGAGAAGCAUGGUGCUGCCAGUGAAUGGGGCGAUCGCGUGAAGAUGACGGCGGGAAGUGUGCGGCGCCUGUGGAACAUCUGUGUGGAAGUCAGGCCAAUUUACGGUUCAUGCUCAUCUCUAAUCACCGUUGGAAUCCAUACCAAGGCAUGGUUUAUUGCUGGAAUCUUUUUAUUGAUGACAAUACCAAUAUCUCUUUGGGGAAUAUUACAACAUUUAGUUCAUUAUACUCAGCCUGAAUUACAGAAGCCAAUAAUAAGGAUUCUCUGGAUGGUGCCAAUUUACAGUCUAGACAGUUGGAUAGCAUUGAAGUAUCCCAACAUUGCAAUAUAUGUGGAUACUUGUAGGGAAUGCUAUGAAGCAUACGUCAUCUACAACUUCAUGGUAUUUCUUUCAAGUUACUUGACCAAUCGUUAUCCAAAUCUGGUGUUAAUUAUAGAAGCCAAAGAUCAGCAAAAACAUCUGCCACCUCUGUGUUGCUGUCCACCAUGGGCUAUGGGAGAGGUGUUGUUGUUCCGAUGUAAGCUUGGUGUUCUUCAGUAUACAGUUGUCAGGCCAUUCACCACCAUCAUUGCUUUAAUCUGUGAAUUGGUAGGCGUAUAUGAUGAAGGAAACUUCAGCUUCAAAAAUGCUUGGACAUACUUGGUUUUUUUCAACAACUUAUCCCAGCUUUUUGCUAUGUACUGCCUUGUAUUGUUUUAUAAAGUACUGCGGGAUGAACUGAACCCUAUCAGACCUGUAGGGAAAUUUCUGUGUGUGAAGAUGGUGGUGUUUGUUUCUUUUUGGCAAGCUGUACUUAUUGCAAUAUUGGUGAAAGUUGGUGUUAUCUCUGAAAAGCACACAUGGGAAUGGCAAAGUGUUGAAGCUGUGGCAACUGGUCUACAGGAUUUUAUUAUCUGUGUGGAAAUGUUCUUUGCUGCAAUUGCUCACCAUUACAGUUUUUCUUACAAGCCUUACGUGCAAGAAGCUGAAGAGGGAUCAUGUUUUGAUUCCUUUCUUGCAAUGUGGGAUAUUUCUGAUAUCAGGGCAGAUGUAUCUGAACAAGUUCGCAAUGUUGGAAGGACAGUUUUUGGCCAACCAAGAAAAAUGUUUUUUGGUGAGGAUCCUGAACAGAACGAACACACAAGUUUGCUCUCGUCAUCCACUCAAGACCCAAUCUCUGCUGCCUCUUCCAUACCAACAUCACCUGUAGGCCACUAUCAAGGAUUUGGACAUACAGUGACCCCAACAAUCCCUACUGAGCCAAUGUCUGACGGUUUCUGUAACGCUGCAGAGGAGAAUGAAAAUUCCAUGGUUCAGAUAAAGAAGCCUGCAGUUAAAAGUUAAAUCUCUUUCCUCAAGUACGUCAGGGAUUACUUGCUAUGUUUGUUUUUUGGCCUUGGAAACCCUGUUCUUCCUGGAAGAAUGUUAGCUGCCAUGGAGCACACAAAACGAACAGGACACUGUUGGGAAUUCAGUUAAAAUAGUGAAUCCCUGAACUGCAGAUGAGAGUGCAUACUGUAUUAUUCUGCAAUGAAACAUGCAUACAGAACAUAAUUUCAGUUUUGCACUAGCACACCAUUGAGUUCAAGUUUUACAGUAACCUGCUGGAAAAAAAACUAAUACCAAUUAAAUAAUUGUAACUGUAAGUUGAACAGGGAAUGCCUCCUCAUCCAGAUUCUUUUCUGUUCAUAGUAAGAAGGAUGAAUUAAUCCUGAUCCUCCUCAAACCAGUGAUACAUGUUCUAUUCCAAAUCCAGGAUACUGUCUUUAAUAUGCUAGAGUUAAUUAUAGAAUUAGGGAAUGCAGUUGGAAUAGUGACUGAACUUAUAAGAGCAGUGUCAUGUAUUGCUGUACAGUCCACUAGGACUGGGGAAAUGAACAUAUAAUCCUCCAUAUGUUGCUGGUCUAUUAAUUCCCAUCAGCCCUAUUAAGAUAGCUACUGGCGAAGGAUGAUGAGAGAUGCAGCCCAGAAACUGUACAGUUACCUGUUCCUUAACCAUGAGUUGCAUCCACAUGCUUGGGUGUAAGCUUUGUAGGUUCCACUGUCUCAGUGCUCUAUUUUUACUCUAUUAAGUGUAUCUUAGCCUUAAUGUUCUGGAAGUUGCUCCAGAGUAAACAUAUAUAGGCAUUUUAAUGUUAUAAAAUGGAAUAAGGAUUUAAUGAAAAUCACUGAGCAGUACUGUUGUAUUUUCAUGAAUCUCAGACAUAUAGUAUAGGUUAACUUUCAUUAGUUUGGCAAAUAGUGUGUACUCUAUGACAUGAAUAUGAUGUCCAUGCAUCCAAUUCUUGAAUUCAUGGUACAUUUGCUUUCUACUCUUAAGUAGAAUCAAUAAAUCUAUGUGCUACAGAUGUAAGAUACAAGAAUGUAACAAACUAGCAUUGCUCUGAGGACUUUACACGUUGAUUAACAACGGGGACUUUACUGAUCUAUUAUCACAUUUGUACCUGCAUUGCAUGCUUGCUGUCUUACUUUCAUAUAAAAAAAUGUCAGCAAGAUUUGCAUUUUUAAGUGGCAUCUUCAGAAAGAUCUCAAGGUAUUUUCAAUAGUAAGAUGCUCUUUAUAGAUCUUGAGUUUUUAUCUGAUCUUGUGGCGACUACAGUGAACUCAUCCUACAAGUGCUUUUGCAGUACUAGUGUGGUUUGUAAAUACUUGGCCUUAUUCACUAGGCUGCAUACUUUAUGGCUGUAUUUAAUGUGACCUUAAGUGAAACUUGUUAAAGAGGCAAAUCAUGUUUAUUCACUAUUGUACAUAAACAAAUAAAAUUUUAUUUAAACUCUUAA